GCGGCGUCUGAAUAUAAAAUCGGUCAUUUAAGCUGCACCCUGUAGCUGCUAAGUGAGUGUCGUCAUCGGGACGGUCGUUGCGGAAGUGGCGUUCGCUGUUUGCGGAGGAUGAAACCUGCUCGGUGAGCACGCAGGGGACAAGAGCACUGAGAUGAAAAGGAUCUGCCGUAGAAACAAACAGGUGGAUGUGGAUUAUCUGGAAGCAUGAAAUCUGUUUGAGUUCAUUUGAGACCCCUCUGCGCUCCCUUUAAAAUCGGGCUGGCCAGGAAAGAUCUCUUUGGAGCCAUGGGUGCAUUACAGUCCUUACCUGGACAGGCAGAAUAUUGUGAUCUGACGGCAAAGACGGGCUUUUCAUUUGAACAGAUCGGCGUUCUUCGUAAAAGGUUUAAACAGCUGAGCCACAAUGAAGAAACUCUACGGAGAGAUCACUUCAAUGAAAUCCACGACCUAACAUUCAAUCCCAUCCGUGCACAGAUCAUAGAGGCUUUCUUUGACAGGAGAAACUUUCAUCAGGAUGGCCAGGGGAAGGUUCGGGAGAUUGGCUUUGAAGAGUUUGUGGUGGUCAUGUCACAUUUCAGGCCGCCGUCACUGCACAUGACAGAAGAGCAGCGUGAAAAGAUCAGGAAGGAGAAACUGAGAUUUUUAUUCAACAUGCAUGAUACAGACAACAAUGGGACGAUAACGCUCGAGGAAUACAGACAUGUGGUGGAGGAGCUGUUAUCUCGGAGUGGGACACUGGAGAAGGAAACAGCCAAAUCCAUUGCUGACGCAGCCAUGUUGGAGGUGGCCAGUAUUUCAGUGGGUCACAUGGAGCCUGAUGAAUUCUAUGAGGGGAUCACAUUUGAGCACUUUCUCAAGUUGCUGAAUGGGUUUGAUAUUGAAUCAAGAAUGACCAUUCGCUUUUGAACACGAACACCACAACCUUGUGUGAGUGAGGUUGGUAUGCUAAAAUAUGCAGUGCAAAAUUGCGUUUUCAAUGUAGUGUUUCUCUGUUUUUUAAGGUUUAUUGCUUGCACUGAAUAUAUGCCUUAUCUAUGUUUGAAUAACUAUGCAAAUCCAAAGACAAUAUGUAUGGUUUGGAUGGAAGUAAUUUAUUAGACUGUUAGCAAUACUUGAUAUAUUUACUCUGCACUUCUAAUAGUUGGAUGAAGCAAUAUUAAUCAAAUAUCCAGCGCUGACUAACCAACAUUAUGACUCUAUGCAUGGAAGUAUGGAUGCUUGGUGAACAUUUAAAAAUGUUAUUGCCAUAAAUCAAUGAGUCUCAAUAAUCAGGGAUAUAAAGGUGUGUCUUUAAAUGUAUCUGGAUGUGUCUCUAUUAAGACAAUUAAGUUAAACAGCCUUUUAUUUAUGUCACAAACACAUCUCUUCCUGAUGCAUGCUCUGUACAUUGUAUUUGAACA